AUGAGCUGUCAUUAAAAAUGUAAGAAUUUUCCUAAUCUUUAACCAUAAUCUGACUAUGGUAAGAUUUUAUCUGAUUAUAGGUAUUUAACAAUGUCUUAAAGAUCAGGAUUAUAAAAAUUGAAGGAUUAGUUAUUAUUUGAAGGAAGAAAUACAGCAUCAGUAAUGACAAACUUAAAGGCAAACAACGAUUUAUGUUUAAGAAGACUUGAUAAGUAUGAAAUGCCUUAUAUUAAUCAAGAUAUUUACAGAUAUACUUCAACUUACAAUUAAAAAUGGUGA